CAACACACUUAGAUAUCGAGAAGAUGGCUGGCUGGUGGUGGUAGUAGAACUGCGUAGGUUCGUUCAUUUGAGGUCAGCUCAGAAAUGUAGAAAGUCGUGGCCUUCAAGGAAAAUAAUAAAACUCAAACUCAACUCAAAACCCAGCACACCAAUCGAGUGAACACCUCCUUUAAAGUGAGUUGGGUCUAUAAAUAUUUGCAGAACAGAGAAAUCCCAGACCCUGAUAUCCCCAACUCCCCAAAACAAGAAAGAAGAAGAAGAAGAAGAAGAAGAAGAAGAAGAAGGGCUGUUAGUUGUUACGAGAGGUAAGUGCGUGCAGACAAACAAUAACAGACUUGGAAGUUGGGUAAGUAAAUAUGGCCGAGGAGAAUGGCAUGGACAGUAACAUGAAGAGGCAUGAGACUCAGGCGGAGGCCACAACAUCAAAAAGCCUAGCACUUGAAACAGAGGCGGGAACAAGUAGCUCUGGAACAAAUGGCACGAAGAAGACCAAGGAAAAGGAGGGCACCAAAACGGUUCCAUUUUACAAGCUGUUCACUUUUGCAGAACCCUUAGAUGUUGUCUUGAUGAUAAUGGGUACAAUUGGUGCCAUUGGGAAUGGUAUUAGCAUGCCCCUUAUGACCGUAAUUUUUGGGGAAUUGGUUAAUUCUUUUGGACAAAACCAAGCCAACAAUGAUAUCGUUAAGGUUGUUUCUAAGGUAUCACUGAAAUUUGUCUAUUUGGCUAUUGGGGCUGGUGCGGCAGCAUUCCUCCAGGUGUCUUGCUGGAUGGUAACGGGAGAGCGACAAGCUGGAAGAAUUAGGGGCCUUUAUCUGAAAACUAUAUUAAGACAAGAUAUCGGUUUCUUUGAUAAGGAAACGAAUACUGGAGAAGUUGUUGGGCGGAUGUCAGGUGACACUGUUCUCAUUCAAGACUCUAUGGGUGAGAAGGUUGGGAAAUUUAUACAGCUGCUGUCAACAUUUUUGGGAGGCUUUGUGAUAGCAUUCGUGAAGGGGUGGCUUCUUACAUUGGUCCUGUUGGCCCCUCUUCCUGUGCUUGCAAUAGCAGGUGGAGCCAUGGCCCUUGUCAUAUCCAGAAUGGCAUCCUACGGACAAAAUGCUUAUGCUAAAGCAGCAACUAUAGUUGAACAGACUAUCGGCUCAAUUAGAACAGUUGCAUCAUUUACCGGGGAGAAGCAAGCUGUGGUUAAUUACAACAAAUCUCUUCUAGAUGCUUAUAAGUCGGGUAUUCAAGAAGGCUUGGCUACUGGAUUGGGUUUUGGAUCAGUUAUGUUUAUCAUGUUCGGCACUUAUGCUUUGGCUGUAUGGUUUGGUGGAAAGAUGAUAUUAGAUAAGGGAUAUAGCGGAGGUUCAGUGAUUAAUGUAAUUAUAGCUGUCUUGGUUGGUUCCAUGUCUCUUGGGCAGGCAUCUCCUUGCAUGAGCGCAUUUGCCGCAGGUCAAGCUGCAGCAUACAAGAUGUUUGAAACUAUAAAAAGGAAGCCAGUGAUAGAUGCAUCUGAAACCAGUGGAAAAAUACUAGAUGACAUUCGUGGUGAUAUAGAGUUAAGGGAUGUUCAUUUUAGUUAUCCAGCCAGACCAGAUGAGCAAAUAUUCAGUGGAUUCUCACUUUCCAUCCCUAGUGGCACAACAGCGGCUUUAGUUGGACAAAGUGGAAGUGGAAAGUCAACAGUGAUCAGUCUGAUAGAGCGAUUUUAUGAUCCACAAGCCGGUGAAGUUCUUAUAGAUGGUGUUAAUCUUAAAGAGUUCCAGCUAAAGUGGAUUAGGAAUAAAAUUGGUCUUGUAAGCCAAGAGCCUGUGCUGUUUACAUGCAGCAUCAAGGACAAUAUUGCCUAUGGGAAGGAUGGUGCAUCUAUAGAAGAGAUUAAAUCAGCAGCUGAGCAAGCCAAUGCUGCUAAAUUCAUCGAUAAACUGCCUCAGGGACUGGACACCAUGGUGGGUGAGCAUGGAACUCAACUGUCUGGUGGACAGAAGCAGAGAGUUGCCAUAGCCAGAGCAAUUCUAAAAGACCCACGAAUUCUACUCUUGGAUGAAGCAACAAGUGCACUUGAUGCAGAGUCGGAGAGGGUAGUGCAAGAGGCACUGGACAGGAUUAUGGUCAACAGAACAACUGUCAUUGUUGCCCAUCGUUUGAGCACAGUUAGGAAUGCUGACAUGAUUGCAGUGAUUCAACGAGGAAAGAUAGUUGAAAAAGGCUCACACUCGGAACUACUCAAGGAUCCAGAAGGAGCAUUCUCUCAGCUUAUACGAUUGCAAGAAGUGAACAAAUAUUCUGAACAAGCUGCAGACCAAGACAAAUCAGGAUCUAUGAGUGAAUGGGGACGACAAUCAAGUCAACGCAUGUCAUUGUUACGAUCCAUAAGUCGUGGAUCAUCUGGGGUAGGGAAUAGCAGCCGCCACCUCUCAGCUGCAUUUGGUCUACCUACAGGACUCAAUGUUCCUGAAACUGCAUUGACGGAAGCUGAAGCCUCUGACCUAGACCCUUCAGCAAAGCCUCCAAAAGUCUCAUUGCGCAGACUUGCCUAUCUCAACAAGCCAGAGGUUCCAGUGCUGAUAGUAGGAUCUAUAGCUGCAAUUAUUAAUGGCUGUAUACUUCCAUUUUUUGGUCUACUGCUUUCAAGUGUGAUCAAAGCAUUUUUUGAGCCAGCGCAUGAACUAAGGAAACAUACACAAUUUUGGGCACUCAUCUUUGUUGUCCUAGGAGUGGCAGCAUUGUUGGCAUUUCCAGCACGGACAUACUUUUUUUCGGUGGCUGGUUGUAAGUUGAUAAGAAGAAUCAGAUCAAUGUGCUUUGAGAAGGUGGUUCACAUGGAGGUUAGUUGGUUUGAUGAGCCCAGGAACUCAAGUGGAGUGAUUGGAUCAAGGCUCUCUGCAGAUGCAGCUAGUGUGCGAGCAUUAGUUGGAGAUGCACUUGCUCAGGUUGUUCAAGAUUCUGCAUCAGCAGUUGCAGGGUUGGUCAUUGCUUUUCAAGCAAGUUGGCAGCUUGCACUAAUUAUCCUUGCUUUGUUACCUCUAUUAGGAUUGAGUGGUUUUGUUCAACUUAAGUUCAUGCAAGGGUUCAGUGCAGAUGCAAAGGUGAUGUAUGAGGACGCGAGCCAAGUUGCGAAUGAUGCAGUUGGAAGCAUAAGAACAGUUGCUUCAUUCUGUGCGGAAGAGAAAGUGAUGGAACUAUACAGAGAGAAAUGUGAAGGGCCUUUGAAGAACGGGAUAAGGCAAGGUUUGAUCAGUGGGGUGGGUUUCGGAGUGUCAUUUGCCUUGCUAUUUUUGGUCUAUGCAACUAGUUUCUAUGCUGGAGCACGGCUAACAGAGGCUGGCAAAACAACAUUCUCAGAUGUUUUCCGUGUUUUCUUUGCUCUCACCUUGGCAGCCGUUGGAAUUUCUCAAUCAAGUUCCUUAGCUCCCAAUUCUACUAAAGCCAAGUCUGCAGCUGCUUCCGUAUUUUCCAUGCUGGACCGAAAAUCAAAGAUGGAUCCCAGUGACGAAUCCGGGACGACUUUAGAGAAUGUAAGGGGAGAAAUUGAGCUUCGACAUAUUAGUUUCAAAUAUCCAACUAGGCCAGAUAUUCAGAUUUUCAGUGACCUUAGUUUGACUAUUGAUAGUGGCAAGACGGUAGCUCUGGUGGGAGAAAGCGGAAGCGGGAAAUCAACAGUGAUUGCAUUGUUGCAGAGAUUUUACGAUCCUGAUUCAGGUCAUAUUACCCUGGAUGGAACUGAGAUUCAGAGUUUGCAAUUGAAGUGGCUGAGGCAGCAGAUGGGUCUGGUUAGCCAAGAACCAGUCCUGUUUAACGACACAAUACGUGCCAACAUUGCAUAUGGAAGGGAAGGACAUGCAACGGAGGCUGAAAUUUUAGCUGCGUCAGAGUUGGCAAAUGCCCACAAGUUCAUUAGCGGUUUGCAACAGGGGUAUGAUACCAUAGUAGGAGAGAGAGGAGUGCAACUGUCAGGGGGACAGAAGCAGCGGGUGGCCAUUGCUCGUGCCAUAGUGAAAAGUCCCAAAAUACUACUGCUAGAUGAGGCUACAAGUGCGCUAGAUGCAGAGUCAGAGAGAGUGGUUCAAGAUGCAUUGGACAGAGUCAUGGUGAACAGGACUACGGUGGUGGUGGCACAUAGAUUGUCCACAAUCAAGAAUGCAGAUGUUAUAGCAGUGGUUAAGAAUGGUACUAUCGUAGAGAAGGGAAAGCAUGACAAUCUGAUUAAGAUCAAAGAUGGUGCCUAUGCCUCCUUGGUUGCGCUUCACAUGAGCGCCCCAUCCUAAACGUCUGUUUGUGUCCGUCUUUCUUUGCCUUCCGUUUUUUCUUUUUUCUUUUUAAGACAGCUUUAGCUCUUUGAAUGAGUACUGAAUUUGUUUCUAAAGGAUGAAUAACAAGAGCUGAAAGAAAAUGUGUAAAUUAAUUUCUCGAUAA